AUGCCGCACAGGUUAGGAGAUCCCGUUCCCCGCCUGUCGGAGAACCAGAAGACAGUCUACAAGGCGUAUGGCUCAAUCCCGCUUUGGGUGGAUGAGCACAACAACAUCGUCUGCCAAUACUGCAAUGGCGCCACGGCAUGCGAACCAAGCUGCCUGCUGGCCGGGGUGAUGGACAACAUGCGCAAGGACGUGGGAUUCCUUGACGCUGAAGACGCGCGGCAAGGGGUGCCGGUUACGCCAGAAGAGCUGAAGGACAACUUCCGGCUCUUUUGCGAGAGGGAUGACGUGGCAUCCCUCGUUAGCAGCCAGCGGCUCUUCGAGGAUUUCGUUGACGCUAAGAGCAUCGUUCUUGUCCUGCAGAGCCUUGGCCCGUGGCUAGUGUCCGAGGCACAGCGCUAUGCGGAGGCUGGCGGGGUGCACAACCAGCCGCGCGACCGCCUGGCGCUCAAGUGCACGCGUGCGGUGACUCUGUUCCUGCGUCUGGAUCUGAAUGCUCUGUCACUGGAGGACACUAUCAUCCUGAGCAACGUGGUCGAGAGCUCGGGGAUUAUGGAGGAGUUCGACCCAGUCAUGCAGAACAACAUCCAGAUUGUCAUGGACCUGCUCAGCAUAGUCCACGCCUUCCGCGAGAUGCAGGGCAAGGAUGGAGGCCUCAAAGCCCUUCUUACCGGUGAGCCUGCUGCGGAAGUUGGGGGGAGUGGUGGUCGCGCCCCUGCUCCCAGCAUCAGCGCCAUGGCAACUGCUAACAUGACCGUGAAUGCCGUCUCGGCUGGUAGCGCUGCGAAGCUGCACUGCCUUGCCUCUGGCAAAGUGGCGUCGGUGUCAACACCGGCCUUGACCUCCUCUCUCUUUGGCGCGCGUCUUUCCGCUAAGCCCGCCGCGAAUGUCUCAGCGGCAUCCACGGCGUCGAGCGCGGUGGUGAUGACGUCAGAGUUCGAGAAGUCGAAUCCGUACACGGAGGAGCUGAAGAAGACGGCGGCGUACAUUGCGGCGCCAGGCAAGGGCAUUCUCGCGUCCGACGAGAGCAACGCCACAACGGGGAAGAGGCUGAACAGCGUGGGGGUGGAGAACACGGAGACCAACAGGCGCGACUGGAGAGAGCUGCUCUACACCGCUCCUGGCCUCGGCAACUACAUCAGCGGCGCGAUUCUGUUCGACGAGACGCUGUACCAGUCGACGGCGGGCGGCGAGCAGUUUGUGGGCGUGCUGCGCGCGCAGGGCAUCGUGCCGGGCAUCAAGGUGGACACGGGCCUGCAGCCCAUCGACGGCACCGACGGCGAGACCGCCACGCAGGGGCUGGACGGCCUCGCUGACCGCUGCAAGAGGUACUACCAGCAGGGCGCGCGGUUCGCCAAGUGGCGCGCGGUGAUCAAGGUGGACGACGCCAAGCACCCCACCUCAUGCGCCGUCGUGGAGAACGUGCACGGGCUCGCCAGAUACGCGCAGAUCGCCCAGGCGAACGGUCUGGUGCCCAUCGUGGAGCCUGAGGUGACGCUGGGUGACGGUGACUACAGCAUUGAGCGCACGGCCUAUGUGUCAGAGAUGGUCUACUCGCAUGUGUUCCGCAUGCUCAACGAGUACAACAUUAUCUUGGAGGGGAUUCUGCUCAAGCCCAACAUGAUCCUCCCAGGCCUUGACGCCCCGAGUGCGUCCCCGGAGGAGGUGGCGCGCUACACGGUGCGCACCAUGCGCCGUUGCGUGCCUGCCGCCGUGCCCGGCGUGCACUUCCUGUCAGGAGGCAUGAGCGAGGAGGAGGCCACUCUCAACCUCAACGCUCUGCAGGCUUAUGGUCCCCACCCCUGGUCGCUCACCUUCUCGUACGGUCGCGCUCUCCAAGCCUCCACCCUCAAGAUCUGGUCCGGCAAGCCGGAGAACAAGGCAGCGGCUCAGGAGAGGUUGGUGGCACUGGCAAAGGCCAAUUCAGAGGCUCAGCUCGGGAAGUACAAGGGCCCGCACCCUUCCCCCGGUGGAGGCCGCAUUCUCCAGGCCCUGCGCCUUGGCGGUGCUGGCAAGUAA